CCGCCCCUGCCGCUCCAGCCGCACUCGCGGGCACUGCUGGUGGAUGGCCGAGGGGAGUCCCGAGACCGACACGCUGCGGGUCCCCGUCUGGACCCCGAGCCCCUCUGCAUGCGCCUCUGUGACCUGGGGGACACUCUUUGCUGAUGAUUACCGGGAGGGCGGCAGGGACAUAGGUACCACACUGGAAGCGAGCGGGCAAGCCACUUUUGCCCCUGGGAAAGCCUGAAGACGCUCGUCCCGGGACCCUAGACGGGUCUUCGUCCUGUCGACUCUUCUCAGCCCUCCUUGAUCCUGUCCGCGCCCUUUGCCUGGUGCAGCUCUCUUCACGUCGGCUCCCCGCCCCUCUAGGGAGCCUAGGUGUCACUGGGCUCCACCCCGUCCCUCCCGGGACCUCUCCCCCUCCACACCCUUCCCCCCACCCUGGAGGCCCGGCUGGACACGACCCAGAGCUGCCAUCGCCCGCUUCUGCCACUCAAUGGAGGACAGUCUGCUGGAGAUCAUGACCAAGGACGGCGGCGACAUGCCGGCUCCUCUGGAGGUGUCCACGGUGCCAGCCGUGGGGGACGUGAUCUCUGGGGAGUAUAACGGCGGUAUGAAGGAACUGAUGGAGCACCUGAAGGCCCAGCUGCAGGCCCUGUUUGAGGACGUGAGGGCCAUGCGAGGGGCACUGGACGAGCAGGCCUCGCACAUCCAGGUUCUGUCGGACGACGUGUGCGCCAACCAGCGGGCCAUAGUCUCCAUGUGCCAGAUUAUGACCACUGCGCCCCGCCAGGGAGGCUUGGGCGUGGCCGGCGGAAAGGGGAGCUUCCCCAGUGUUCCCCAUGAGCCAGAAACACCUUCGCCUGGGAUUGGGGACAGCGGCUUGCUGGGUCGAGAUCCUGAUGAAGAGGACGAGGAGGAAGAGGAGGAGAAAGAGACGGCUAGCCCCGCCACACCCACCAGUCACUGCGAGCGCUCUGAGAGCCCGGGUCUCCUUGGGGAGAAUGGGCCACUUGUGGAGCCCCUCGACCUGCCUGACAUUACCCUUCUGCAGCUGGAGGGCGAGGCCUCUCUGUGAGGGGGACCCCACCGGGGAAACAACUACCCGGGCUGGCUUUGGGUUUCCAAGUGCUUAACCCGAGGGGACUGAACAGUGCGGUGCAGAGUUCUUCUCUCCAAAACGUACGUGGUUCUUAUAGGUCAGGGAGAGAGACUCCCUCAAAGAAGGAUUUGUAGGGUGAAGGACUUUGGAAGCAUCGCGAAUUCCACCAACCAGGCAUCAUAACAAACUACAGAAAGGUGAGGAAAGGAAGUGCCCAUCUCUGGACUCCCAUCCAUUCCCUUACCUUGCCCUCCGCCUCUUCCUAGGAAACAGGAGGACCAUUGAAUUAUGUAAAUAAAAUUCUGCCUUUUCUAUUCUGAAAAA